UGCACUCACUCACUCACGCACCGCAGAAAGUUUGGAGGCCAAGCGAGCAGUGGGAUACCGACGGCUAGGAAGUGACGGGACUGCGUGGAUUUCACAGAGAGAGAGAGAGAGAAGGGAAAAAAGGAGAAGAAGACGGGAAUAUCAACACAAAGCAGAAUGAGAAGCAACGUGCGAUCAUCGGACUGUCGGCUGCGGUGCGGAGGGAAAUUGAAUUGCGCAUGAUCUUAUCAACAACACCGGAGCGAGAGACUUUCAAUGGGAAGUGAAGUGGGCUCCCAGAAGUGAAAAGCAGAGAUUUUUCAAGGGGAGGAUUGUCGUCUGAUUUUCAUGACUGUGUUUGUAAACCUGGGGAAAGUAUUGGCACAUAUGGAACAGUGACCCGGGCUUUACGCUUUAAGUCCACUUUGAAUAUGAAGGAAAAGACUUUACGCACAACCCAAGAACACAGUUAGGGGGGAUAUGAGCGCAGAUCUUCGGAUUUCGCCUCGAUUUUUUCCUCUGUCGGGUUCAGUUUUGCGUCUUUGGGGAUGUUUGCGAGUUGCAUCUCUGUGGCUUCGGUUCGGAUACUGACCCGUCUCUGCGCCCUGGUGCUGGUGGCCGCUGUGGGACUCGGUUCGGAGCUGCGGGUCCGGGUCCGGCUCUCCGACGGACUGGUGACCGAGGAGGUUCUGGAGGCGGACAGCGAGAGAGACUCGAUAUCGCUCGAGUUCAAGCAGGGAGAUGGGACUCUCAUCACUUUUGUGGCGGACUUCAAACAGGAUGUGAAGAUAUUCCGAGCGCUGAUCCUGGGCGAGCUGGAAAGAGGGCAGAACCAGUACCAGGCCUUGUGCUUCAUCUCCCGCCUCAAUCGCAAUGAGAUCAUCCCCAGCGAGUCCAUGGCCCGCCUCAGACAGAAAAAUCCUCAGGCCAUCCGCUUGGCAGAGGAGCGCCGAGGACUGGAGCAGUUGACCAUGAGUGCGGCGGUUAAUCUAAGUCGGGCCUGGCAGCUCAGCUCCCACAUCCACAACAUGUGCAGUGAGGCUCGGGAGGCCAUUUACACCAGGGAGGCAGAUGUCAAACACUGGCUGGACAAAGGAGUGGAUGGCUCCAUAUUUGAGGUCCUGCCCCAGACAACAGAGAUGCCCAGCUUUCAGGCUUGUCAUUCUACUAAAGACUUGUGGCAGCCUUGUCUCUGCACAUACAGCCUGCGUCUGGAGUGGUAUCCAUGUCUGUUAAAGUACUGCCGGAGCCGGGACACCGUCGGCAAAGGCUCUACCUACAAGUGUGGCAUAAAGAGCUGCAGCAAGGGCUACCAUUUCACCUAUUACGUUCCCCAAAAACAGCUCUGUCUAUGGGACGAAGAGACCUAGCAUUUUGUUCUGCAUGGUUGAGAAAAGAGAAACACAUCUUUUCCCCAAGCCAAACCAACGCUUCUCCACCCAUGCUAUUCAGAGUAAACGCAGUCACACUGGACCUCGGUUUAUAGGACGCUAAGAGAAGCUGUCUCAGGUGGAGAGCGCUGAGAUCCCCGUUUUCAUGCUGAAACAGAAAUGAAUUCAGGUUCUUAAUGAGACCAAAACCUUUAAGGAAGGACAGUUGCAGCAGAGCCACCAACUCUAAAACUCCUGUGUGGGGUGGGGUGGGUGGGUGGGGCGGAAUUACAUAUUACUGUCAGAUUCAGUGUCAUUUUUGCUGAGAAGCUGUCACUUUUGUGCCUUUUUAUUGAGAAAUUAUUGGAACAAAUGACACAUAACAACAACUAUGACCUCUUAAACAAGCUAUUGUAUGCACAAAGCUGGACAGUGCAUUUCUGGUCAGUUACACACCACCGGAGGAACAACAGUGUCCCACUCUCACUUAAAGACAAACAUAAUCUUCCAUCCUGGUGAAGGAAAAAUUGGAUGGUGGAUUCAAGUUUCUUACAAAGCUCUGUGAAAAACAGUUUAUCACCAGCUAAACGUCGGUUUGUAACUAUGUAAGCAGGCUGACAAAGCAAAUGCUUCUUAAGUGCUGGUUUUUAUUUAUUCUGGUUGCAAAGUGAAAUUAUGGAGGACUAUUUUUGUAUCUCUUUGUUAUGAUAACCUCAUCGGUUUUCUUUCUUUUUGCAUUAAACAAACUCUUAAGUACACCUUUCUAAACCGCAGGUCCUUAGUAACAAGAAGUAUUCAAACAUGUCUCAGAACAUCUUAAUAUCUUGGAUAUUGGAUGUUGUUUCUCCUCCAUCUGCCAUGCUUCUAUGUUGCCAUGUUUUCAUUGCUGUAAAGACAGUGUAGAUAAAAAAAAAAAGUUUAUUAUCAUAUUUAAUAGUUUUAGUUCUGUUCUGCCUCAUCUGUACCCAUGGGGGGCAUCUCAUGCCCGCAUUCUUAGUGUGUCAAACAAACCAAAGUCAAAAGAAAUACCAUCUAAAGAAGGGUACCGAUUUUCAGCUUCCAGAAACAAGCUCUUCAGUUUGGUGUUUUUCUGCGUUAGGAGCCACUAAAACUGCAGUGUAGCCGUUUUAAUAAUCUGUGCUGCCAUCUUCUGGUUAACCAGUGUUGCCGUUUCUUGUGUUUUCCGUUCCCACAGCCAGAAGUCUGGUUUUUGGUUUCUGGUUUUGUCUGUUCGUGUCAGCAGUUAAAUGUUUAUAAUUUAUGCAUUUCAAACCCCUGCUCACUCAUAUGUGUAAUUCAAGGAGCACUUCUUGAACUUGUGGGACCAAAUUUAUCUGUCUGUUCACCAGAGCAGUAAGCUUGAGCAGGAUUUUUCUUCCAUCUUCAUUUCAGUUGUCACUGCCAUAUCAAAAGUUCAUCUCUGUGUGUUGUGUUUGUUUGUCUUUCUAACUAAAGAACCAAAUGAGUGAAACAUUUCUAUUUGUGGCCUUCUAUGGUGAUCAAGUGCCUUAACAUUUCCACUGAUAUUUUUGUUAUGUAAUUGUAGAUUAAGCUGUUAAACAUAUUUUUUCUAUGAAAGAGUUUUGAAUAUGUUGUAAAAAGUUGCCAUAAGGAGAAAAUGAAGCAGUUAGGUAUUGUACCGUUUAAGAGCUGUUUUACAUGAAUUGUUUAAAUAAAGUUUUUCUUUGCACUGCA